AUGCUAGGUCUUAGUGCGGUCUUCCUCUUCGGUUUGUUCUGUUUUGCACAUGCGAAUUGCACCAAUCCGGCUGUGCGGAGGGAAUGGCGCACCUUGUCCACAGACGAGCGUGCCAAUUGGAUCAGCGCCGUUCAGUGUUUGAGUGAACUCCCGCACGAUCCUGCACUCACUCCAUACGUCAAUCCCGACGACAUUGUAUCUGUGAACGCCUCAGGCUCUUACUACGAUGAUAUUGUUUACAUGCACAUGGAUCUCAAUCACAUCAUUCAUUUUACGGGUCUAUUUCUUCCCUUUCAUCGUUGGUACGUUCAAAUGUAUGAAAAUGCAUUGAAAGAAAAGUGCGGUUUCAAUGGGACUUCUCCGUACUGGAACUGGGCUGCUGAUGCAUCUGAUGUAUAUGGGUCUACAAUGUUCCAGGAUUUCGAUCCUGUCAGUGGUCUUGGUGGCUGGGGCAACCUAUCGGAUGACGCCCAAGUGCCCAACGGGGCUUUCUCCGAUUUCAAACUAUCGUAUCCUUCCUAUCACACUCUACGACGGAACUUCACUCUUCAACCAUACAUCGGCCUUGAUCCCACACUUUUCACAAACCCGUAUGAGGAUGCAAAUGCGACUUUUACCCAAUCUGAAGUUGAUAAAAUGGUCGAUGGAUUCGUAGGAGACUAUAAGGGAUUCCAGGUUUAUAUGGAAGGUUUCGAGGGCGCGCACGGUAGUGUUCAUGAAAUCUUGGGCGGCGAUUUGGGUGGUACUUGUCCAAGUACUGCUCCCGCUAACUGCACACCGGGGCCCACCUUUUCGGCCAACGAGCCUAUAUUUUGGAUGCAUCAUGCAAUGGUGGACAAAGUCUGGUACGACUGGCAAAUCGCGAACUCUGCGAAUGCGGGGAUCUUUUAUGGAGGUUCUGUCCAGAUGAUUGACAAUGCAACAAUUUAUGCCGAAUAUCCUAACGGAGGACCUCCGAUGUUAUCUUUGGACUCUGUUAUGCAUGCAGACGGUAUGUUCGAAGAAUCCACCGUCGGAGAUGUUAUCAAUACCACUGCUGGCAUAUUGUGUUACAUUUAUGAAUGA